AUGACAACCAGUGUUAAGUGCUAUGACAUCAAUGAGGAAGCCACCUUGCAGUGUAAUGCCAGCGAGUCGGUUCUGGGGGCAGCUCUGCAGCAAGGAGAGCCAGUUGCUUUCGCAUCCAGGGCACCAAUGCAAAUGGAACAACGCUACGCUCAGAGGAACAACUUGGCUGGAAAUAAGGUAUUGCAUUCUCUAGUGGUUUCUGGAAAGUCCAUUGAGGCUAUUGAAACUGAAAUUGUACAGCAAAAGCUGGGUGACAUGAAAAACCCAAUCGCUUUUUGUAAACCUGCUACUAAGAUUAAUGUUUUGAUUGAAGAUGUGUCCACAGAGUCAGAAAGUAAGUUAGAAAGCCUUUAUCACAUUAAACUCAAUAACAAUGGUAACAUCAUAGGUCAAGCUCCUACAAAAGCAACGUGUACCACAUGGGGUUCGGAACAUUUCAAAACCUAUGACAAUUUAAUUUAUGACCUUUCAUCAACUUGCAACUAUAUCUUUGUCAGUGACUGUUCAGGAAAUUUAGGAGGCUUCAACGUUCAGAUUCGCAGAAGCAAACAUGGAUAUAUUAAAAGAAUCUCAAUCAACAUCUGGGGCACUUCAAUUAUAAUUGAGAAUGCAAAUAUAGUAGUAAAUGACAAUGGAUUCGUGCCAAUACCAUACAAUUUAAAUGGAAUACAGAUCAAGUCAUUUGGAGGCAGCAUGAGACUGACUGCUAAGCAGAAGGGUUUUGAUCUUGUUGUUGUCUGGAAUUUCAUAGACUAUCUAAUGGUUGAACUUGGAGAUGAAUACAGAAAUAAAACAUGUGGCCUUUGUGGGGAUUUUAAUGGGCAUCCUCAGCUAAAUGAGUUUAACCUUGGAGGCAAGGUAGUUUCACCUUACGAGUUCGCUAGCAAAUAUCAAGUAGAUGAUCCUUCAGAAACAUGUCAUCCUUUGAACCCAGGAAGAUUGGAGGAAAGUUAUGUUGACUAUGUGUCUGAUUGCUCUUGCAUGUUGAAUAAAGUGGCGCCGCUCUGUAAAUUACCAAAGGCAAAUUAUGUUAUGGAAUGUCAGCGUGAUUUAUACAAGUGUACUGCCAAAGGUGACAAACAAUGCAGUUGUCAGACUUUGUCUGAAUAUUCCCGACAAUGUUCUAGGUUACUGGAGCCAGUCACUAACUGGAGAAAUAUCUCUUUCUGCCCCCUUACACCAUGUCCAGGAAACCAGGUUUAUCAGGAAUGUGGAUCUCCCUGUUUAUUUACUUGCUCAAAUCCACAGACCAUCUGUGAUAGCUACGGCACAUAUGGUUGCUUCUGCCCAGAAGGAACUGUUCUUGAUGACAUUUCUGCUAAGGACAUUUGUGUUCCUCUGAGUCACUGUCCUUGUGUUUUAAAUGGUCAAGUCUAUGCUCCUGGCGGUUCAGUGAAUUCACCUUGCAAAUCCUGCACGUGUUAUAUGGGAAAAUGGAAUUGCAUCAAUCUGCCAUGUCCAGGCCGAUGUUCUCUUGAAGGGGGCUCAUUUGUCACCACGUUUGAUUCAAAACAGUACCGAUUCCAUGGAGUUUGCACGUACCUGCUUGUUAAAAGUGUUAAGAUGCUAAACGAUGGCACGAUUGAAGCAGUAUUUGAUAAAUGCGGUGUUAGAUAUUCAGAAACACAGUUAACGAGCAUAAUCUAUGCUACCAAUCAGACAAAAAUCAUAAUUUCCCAGCAAGGCACAAUAGAAGUCAACAAUAAACUCACGAAGUUACCCUAUGAAGAUGAAAUCCAGCAACAGGUUCAAGGUCUGGAUUGUCGCUCAGGAGCACAGAGACGGAACAAUUCCCAGCCCCGUGAACCUGACCUGAGAAAAAGAGGCGCUGAAGGGAACAUUGCAAUUUACAGGCAGUCUUCCAGCUACAUUCAGCUAAAAUCCACUUUUGGCCUGGAGAUGCAAGUUCAAACUCAUCCAUUUUUACAGUUGUACAUUAUUAUUGAUGAGAGCUUUGCCACAACCACUCACGGACUCUGUGGCAAUUUUGAUAGAAUUUCUCAAAACGAUUUCAGGAGCAGUAUGGGAAUCCAGGAAGGAACGGCCAGUAGUUUUGUAGAUUCCUGGAGAGUUAUUGAACAUUGUCAAUAUUCUCAAGAUAAAGAUUGUGACCCAUGCUCAUUAAGCCAAUCAAACAGUGUGUUUGCCGAGUCUUAUUGUUCCAUACUAAUGAAUAAGUCCAGCAUUUUUGGAAAAUGUCAUUGUAGGGUGGAUCCCAGAGAUUAUUACGAGAGGUGUAAGUUUGAAACUUGCAAUUAUGAGAAAAGCCAGGACUUCAUGUGCAAUUCCCUUGGAGUGUAUGCUCGUGCUUGUGCCAUAAAAGGCCUGAUAUUAACAGACUGGAGAAAUUUUGUGGAUGAAUGCAAAAUGUCUUGCCAGGGCCUUCAAGUUUUCAGUUACGAUUCCAAAGCAUGCAACCGUACCUGCUUUUCACGGUCCAAUUCAAUCCUUGAAUGUACUGAGCGUGGAGUUCCAGUAGAUGGCUGCAACUGCCCACCAGAUACUUUUCUGGAUAAUACCAACAUAUGUGUUAGUGCAUCCAACUGUUCAUGCUUUUUGCAAGAUGGAGUAAUUAUACCUGCUGGCAACAGUGUUAGCGCUUUUGAUCGAAUGUGUUACAAAAUGACAGAAGGACAAUGCAUAAUUUCAGGCUUUGACUAUCCACCAAUUUUUUCGGAGACAAAACCAUAUCAGCAAUGGAAAACUGAAGUUGAGAUGUGGAUGCAGGUUAUUUCAUUAGCCCGAAAGAAGCAAGGGAUGGCUUUAGCUUUCUCAGUACCAGAAAAAGUUCUGGACAGCGGUUGCACUUUCAUAGUGCGUGGGAUGGAUUGGCUUAAAUGUUACCUGGAGUCUCUUGAUGAGGCAGACCAGCGGAAGAUCAAGAAGCAUGAAAACUCUACCUGCUUCAGGUUUGGAGAUGAUAACACGCUAACAUUUUCUAAAAGCUUUUGUCAAAAUGGCAAAGUUGAAUGUUCGGACAACACUUCCAUUCAUGGAGGUAGAUGUAAAAAGUCACAAGGCACUAUUCGAAGAAGAGGGAAGUUCUCCCGUGCCCUGGCCAAGAAUAAUCAUAAAGUUAUAGAUAAGUUGAUGGAAGAAUUCAUUAGAAAUGCUCUUAUCUGCAUUAGAGGUAAAUGGGAAUGCACAGGAAAUGCAAAGUGUCCUUCAACCUGCACAGUUCAUGGAGAAGGGCAUAUUACUACAUUUGAUGGAAAGCAAUAUGUAUUUGAUGGCAGUUGUGAAUAUACUUUAGUUCAGGAUGCUUGUUCUGCUAAUUCCAGACAGCCGUCAUUCAAAAUAGUUGCAGAAAAUAUUAUUUGUGGUAAAACAGGAGUAGUCUGUACUAAAUCCAUAAAGAUCUACUUUAAGGAUAUACUAAUUAAGCUGACUGAUGGACACUAUCAGGUAACACCCCCAAAUGCUGCAAGAAGACUCAGAGUGAUUAACAAUCCACUGUAUCUAAAAUUUGAUUUACGAAUCAGUGCAAAACUUGAGCUGACUAUUAUCUGGAACAAGAAUAUGAAUGCUUACAUCUCAAUUACUAAACUAUCAGAGCUUGCAGUUUGUGGACUGUGUGGCAAUUACAAUGGUGAUGUGGACGAUGAAUAUAUAACCCAGAACAAAUAUUUAGUCUCCAAUGUACUGGCCUUUGCAAAUUCUUGGAAGGAAGAUCCUACAUGCAGGGAUGUGACUGAAGUUGUAUUUCCAUGUCACAAAAAUCCAUAUCGUUUGGCCAGGGCUGAAAAAAUGUGUGCUAUACUUAACAGUAAGCUGUUUGAGCCAUGUCACAAACUGGUCUACCGAAUGCCAUAUUAUGACAACUGUGUCCGAGAUGCAUGUGGCUGUGAGCUAGUUGGGGAUUGUGAGUGCCUCUGUGAUGCUGUUGCAGUCUAUGCUAAAACAUGUAUAGAUGCUGGUGUCUGCAUUGACUGGAGAACCCCUGAAUUUUGCCCUACGUACUGUGACUAUUUCAACACUCACAAGGAGGAUUCUAAUGCGGGUGAAUCUUCUCGGAAUACCACACAUAGGUGGCAUUAUCAGCCAUGUUUGUGCCCUGCCAAUGUCCAUAUCUUUGGCAAGUUCAAUAUGGAAGGUUGCUACAUUUGUGGUAAAUAUGAAUUCUUUCAUGAAGAAUUAAAACGCUGUAUAUCAUGCGAGACUUUGUAG